AUGACGGGGGAAGAGACGCUUCUGGCGAACAUUAAUGUUGGAAUUUUGGGUCAUGUUGACAGCGGCAAAACGUCACUGGCGAAAGCGCUCUCCUCCACCGCCUCCACAGCGGCGUUUGACAAGAGCCCUGAGAGCCAGCGGCGCGGUAUUACUCUCGAUCUGGGUUUCAGCGCUUGCUGCAUCUCAUCCGCCCUGGUGGCACCACCAUUGCAUGCGGCAGGUAUUGAGCAGAUCCAAUGCACGUUUGUCGACUGUCCGGGCCAUGCAUCUCUCAUCCGGACUAUCUUGGCUGGGGCACAGAUCAUAGACAUCAUGAUUCUUGUUAUAGAUGCUUGCAAGGGGGUACAGACGCAGACGGCAGAGUGCAUCGUAAUUGGUGAGGUCCUGUGUAAACCGUUGGUAGUGGUGAUUAACAAGAUUGACGCGGUCCAAGGCUCAACCCCCGAAGAGAAACGCGUAACACUUGACAAAUUGCGGAAACGUCUUCAAAAGACCUUUGAACGCACACGCUGGCCCUCCGUACAGAUGGUGGAAGUUGCCGCUGCUCCGCGCAGAGACGAGGCGGCAUCAGGAGAGGUUUCUCAUCCCAUCAAUAUGGAGGAGGUGAUUUCCGCCAUUUUGGGUCUUGUGGAUUUAACGGCGUUGAAGGACCAGUUGACAACACCGCUACGCUCCGAAGAUUUUGUGAUGUUGUUUGAUCACUGUUUUGUGUUGAAGGGUCAAGGCACCGUUUUCACCGGCACUGUGAUUUGUGGCCAAGUCAGUGUCGGGGAUAACAUUUUGAUCCCCGACUCGCACGUGGUAAAAAAGGUGAAGGGGCUGCAGGCAUUUCGAAAGCCUCUCCAGCACGCAAGAAGAGGUGAUCGUGUGGGGUUGUGCGUGGUUCAAUUUGAUGCAGAGGGGGUGGAACGGGGUAUAUUGUGUAGUGCACAACACCAACGAGGGAAUGCAAUCUCCAACGUACCUCUUCUGUUUGAGAGCACAUCAGUGAUUGUUGCUGAGGUGAAUCGUGUGCGUUUUCAUCAGCUUUUGUGUGAUGCUCACACAAAAUUUCACAUCACCAUUGGACACUCAACAGUGAUGGGAACGAUGAAGUAUUUUAGCCGCCCCACAACCAUUGCGCCUGAGGAGAAGGAAGCAUCAUUUGAUAUCUGGCAGGAAAGUAUGUAUGUUGAGGAACUGACAGAAGACGCCUUUCUCACCUUUGAUAGCACGGAAGGACAGCCACAAAGUGGCCAACCGGUUGCCGUGAAACGCGGUCCCCUGACAUAUUAUGCCAUCAUUCUCUUGGAACGGCCUAUUAUGGCCGCCGUUGGUACACCACUAAUUGCCACACGACUCGAUAUGGAGCGGGAUAACAUGUGCCGCAUUGCAAUUUCGGGGUCUGUGCGCGCGCUUCUAAGCAGUGGAACUUCUGCUGACGCAUCGAUCAUGUCCUGGCGCGAGCUGCCGAUUGUGCGCUUUAAAUCCAGGGCGCUUGUUGUGGAGCGCGUGGUAAACGAGAAGACUUGUAUUGCCAGUGGUGUUGUGGGAUUUGAGGUCCCUGAAACACGUGGCGGUAGUAUAAACCAGAAAUCAAAAGAAAAAGACACGCUGCACGCGGAGGUGAAGAAGUUCAUUGGAAUGCGGGUUCAUUUUCGCCCGACAGGGGAAGAAGGAAAUGAUGCCACCACCCCCACGGGAGUGAAGGAGGGAAUAAUUGACUCCGCCUUUGGUAAGACAGGAAAGGUGAAGCUUGUAUUCAAGGAUCCCAUUUUUGCGGAGAAUGAGCCUUCGACCACCGGGCGAACGAAGCGAGGGGGCGUGACAUUUCUAACGGACGGUGUGGUGGAGCUCACGCUGAAAAAAUAUCCUCUGGCUGUUCACUGUCAGCUCCAGCAGUAG